AUGCCAAGAUUGGAUACAAAUAUUGUGAUGAAUAAACUACCUCUCAAAGAAGGUUGUUCUCCAGUUAGACAAAAGCUCAGAAGAACUCGUCUAGACAUGUCUAACAAAACUCGAGAAGAGGUGCUUAAACAAUUUGAUGCAGGUUUUUUAGCAGUGAUAGAUUAUCUACCUUGGAUAGCUAACAUCGUGUCGGUGCCCAAGAAGGACGAUAAAGUAUGCAUGUGUGUGGAUUAUCAGGAUCUAAAUAAAGCAAGUCCCAAAGACGAUUUCCUGUUACCUCACACAGAUGUUUUGAUGGAUAAUACAACUCAAGCUUCGGUAUUCUCAUUCAUGGAUGGCUUCUCAAGUUAUAAUCAGAUUAAAAUGGCACCCGAGGAUAUGGAAAAGACUACUUUCAUGACUCAUUGGGGCACUUUUUGUUAUAAGGUAAUGUCUUUCGGUCUAAAGAACGUAGAGACAACUUACUAA